AUGUCCUCCGGCUUCGUAUCUGGAGGCACGGCGGACGCGCCAAUUGAACGCGACGACGAGUGGAAGCAAGCCCAGCGUGAAAUCGAAGAGAAACGUAGAGGAAAAGAAGAAUUGAGUAAGCAGAACGAAGGGAAGAGUCUCUUCGAGGUCCUGCAAGCAAACAAGGACGCUAAACAGGAAGCAUUCGAACAAGCCGCACGCUAUCAGCUACACGUUGCCCUCGAUGAUGACGAAGCCGACUACCUUGACGGCAUCCGCGAGGCCAAGCGCAAAGAAGAAGCGAACGUGAAGAAGGAGACUCGCGAGCAGUUGGAGUUGUUUCGCAGACAACAAGAGGAGGCCGAGAGGAAGGCAUUAGAGGAAGACAAUGAGGGAGCGCCGAAGGAAGACCAAGUGCAAUGGGCAGCGUCUGGCAGGAAGAGGAAGAAGGGCACCGAGUCAAGUCUCUUGAAGGGCGUCAAGCUGCGGAAGUCCAGCUCGGUGACGGAUGAGAAAAAGACCGUCGACACAGCUGACGACAAAGAGAAGGCUACAGACGAUGUAUCGAACGCUUCUUGGGUGAAGCCUACUGCCUCGGCGAACGCCGCGUCGCCUCCGAACAAAGCUCCAGCGACUCUUUCUCUGGGCCUCGGCUACGCAUCGUCAGAUGAGGACGAUUAA